UUGAAACGCAACAAAAAGAAAAAGAAAAAAGAAGAAACUGUUGUUAAAUCAAUUGAUGAUGUUGACAAUGUUCCUGCGCCUGAUGACCGCUCACAUUUAUCUGAUAAAAUAAACAUUUGGACUAAAGCGAAAGACGAUGGUAAAUCGUACGCCGAAGUCUUAGCUGAAGGUCUAGAUGAGCGAAGAGAAAGUUUGCAAAACGAACAAUAUAUAGACCGAUUAGAUACAAAAGACCUAAGUGACAUAGUUAUAGAUAAACCUGAGAGUUUUGAAAAAGAUAUUGAAUUUAUUACUAUUGCAUCUCCAUCUGAAAUCGAAAAUGAUGAAGUUUGUGGUUCUUGGGCAAAAGUCGUUGCAUCAAAUCGGCCCUCACCUGAAAGAACACAGAAAGAUAUCAUACAUUCUCAUGAAAACAAGGUAAUGACAAAAGCACCUGUAAUUCUGGUAGACGAGUCUGAUUCUGAGCACCACAAGCCUGAGGUGGAAAUUGAUGCUGAAGGAUUUAUAACAGUUGACCGAAGUAGACGAUCACGUUCUAGAUCCAGAGAUGACCGUUUAACUAAUGUUUCUAAAACUUAUAAGAAAAAUGAUGCACGUGAAAAAUCUGAAAAUAGAUUUAAUGCUCUUACAUGCACUUUGAAGCCGGAUGAUAGUGAGCCUGUGCAAUGCAGUCAUACCGAAGAUGAAAAAGAACUAAUAAAGAAGGGAAGAAAGAGUCGAUCAUCAAAAUCUAGGGAAAAAGAUGUUAAAGUAAAAUUAGUUCAAACAGCCACUAGUACAACCGAUGAUGAUAAACAACCAGUAAAAAAAGAUAAAAGGAAACGAUCUUCGAAGUCUAAAGAAAAAAUAAAUAAGGAAGUAGAAACAUUUGAAUCGGCUGAGACAUUAAAACAAAUAGUCGAAACGGAACCAAUUGAUAUCAAAAAAGAAGUUCAACAAAAUAUCCAACCGCUCCAAGAAGAAGCAGUAGAAAGUAAAAAGAAAGCGAAAAAGAAGAAGAAAGAAAAAAAAUUAAUAAACGAAAUCAAUGACGCUCCAUCUCUUAUAGAAAUUACUUCUUCUGAACAGGAAUCUACGGAACAAAAACAUUAUACUGUAAAAUCAAAAUGCAUUGAAACUCCUAUAUCAACUCCAGAAUCUUUGCAAACUCCUAUAAAAGACAGAUUUUACUCUGAAGUCCAGUAUUGGAAAGUUGACCCCAAUACAUUAGAUGACUCCUCAACCUUAUCCGAGAUUCUUACCAUUGAAAUGGAGCAUGAUACUAAAACGGAACAUGAACAUUUAGUAGCUGAAGAGCAAUUACUGGGAAACAAUGAAGUUUACAAAAUUAAUCCAUCCGAUACAGAAAUAUUGGACAAAGGUCUUACUGGUCUGCAAACUGAAGUUAGUUCUUUAACAGCAGACAUUUUGAAACAGAAUAUUACCGAGGAACUAUCGUUGGAAAAUAAGAUGGCUGACUUACAAAGAGAAAUAGAAGAAUUGUUGCUUCCUGAAAAUGAUGCAUCUGUAACAAGUGAAGAAACACCAAAAGAACUAGCUGAUACGCAAAUAUCAUUAGACGAACAACAUGAUGAAAUAUUUGAAAAUAUUACUCCGUCUUUUGCCUCUCCAGAACCAGAAGAAAUUUAUCCUAAAACUCAAGUUAUAGAAUUUGACUCGACUCUAGCCGACCACGAAAUAUCAACAAAAAUUAUGCCUGUUUCAGAUCAUACUAUCUUAAGCGAUAUAAGAGUCACGGUUGCAGCGGACAAAGAGAAACCCGCUGACAAACAUGUAGAAGGUGUAAAUUCCUUAACUACUAACAUUUCACCGACAACUACUACUAACAAUAUAAUAGAUCUGAAGUUAGAUGAUUUCUGGGUAUGUAAGUCUAUUGCUGACGACGCGGAAAAAACGUUGGUUAGACAAACCGUUCUUAGUUUAAAUUCUUAUGUACCUUCUGAGGAAAUGGUUCAAUUAGAAUCUGAUACAAAUUCGGAACAACUUUUCUCGGAUGACUAUAAAAUUUUGAAUAACCUUAUAACAGACACGUUUUGGCCUGAGAAACAUUUGUAUCACGACGCAGAAUGUGAAUAUUUUUCACAAAUUGCUCAAAAAACUAAAUUUAAAUUUAUUUCCAACGCUGAUAUUGAAGUCACGGACAAAAGAGACAAGGAUAAAGAUCCUGGUGGGGGAUCCGGUCACUCUUCCGACGUUGAUGAACCUCGAGAAUCUAGUGGUUCACCGUUCGACUCUAAUUAUAUAUCUAUGGACUUACCAGGUGGCAUUUGUAGCUGGAAAGAUCAUAGUUCUUAUUUGAGCUUAGAAACACCAACUGAUUCCUUGACUGGUAUCGUAAGCGAGGGUAUGCCUAUAUUAGGUACCGACAUCCCAGAGGAUAAACUAACAAACCUAUCCCUAGAACCAGAUGCUUCCUUCCCACCCGUACAGGAGCUGGCACCGGGGGAGGAUGAAAACCGGACGUCAGCCAAGGAUGACUUAUCUAAUAGUCUUGAAAUACUCCUGGAGGAAGUCAAAAUUGUACAAGCUCAGUUGUCUGAUCUACCCAACGAAACACUGGACGCUAUGGAAGCGGGACUUAAGGAAGGAAUAGAAGUUCUUGUAAAGUGCGAGGAAGCUGCGAUUCUCUUAGAACAGAAGAUAAUGGAGUUCAAUCAAGAGGUAGAAGUUCAAGCAUUACUGAAAGAGCUUAUAGUAAUGAAGGCAAAGAUAUCAAAAUUGCUUAUUCAAGCAAGACAAGGACUUCAAACCAUCAAGGUAAGAAAGGAUGCUAGAAUCGAAAUAGAAAAUCAAUCCAAACAAAUUGAAGAACAGAAAGAACAAAUAGGCAAACUCGACAGUUGGCUUGAUGCAAUAAAUACCGAACUUAAGGAAUCUGCUAAAGGUACUGACGUUCUCACUGAAGAAGAUAUAAUAAGAUAUAUUGAAAUUUAUGAACGAUAUAUAAAAGAAUACGAAAACUAUGAAACUAUUCUUCGAACAAUAACUGUGAUAAGUCAUGAUGAAUCUAGUCAAUCAAUGCAAAUCAAAAUAAAUGCUUUGAAGAAAGCGUUAGAAGAAUCAAAACACCUAGUCAUUUCUGAAAUAGAAAGAUUGAGACAAAUAUUACUUAAUAUGAAAUUUACCCCCGAAGUAGUUGAGGAAGGACUAUCUCAAACGGAUAGAACAAUUGACUCUACUUCAAUGCCAGAAGAAAUUGCUUCUUCGGAGGAAAUAGAACCUAUCGGACUCGUACCACCUCAAAAAUCCCUUGGAACCUCGAUAGUUCCUGAUAGCCCUACCAGUCAAGAAACCGAAGACCGAAUUUUCGUUGAUACUAAAGUAGAAGUACAAAUGACUCCAAAUAUCGAGGAAGUAAAAAAUACUGUUGUGAAAGAAUCACAAACGGGAAAAAGCUUGAUAUCAGAUGCACCAUCCAUGCAUGAUAAAUCUAUAAUCUGUCAACCACAAAUAAUAGAAACUCAUGAUGUUUCUGUAACGUGCGCACCACCACAAGAUGUUGAAGUACAAACGGGCGAACCAAAAUCUCAUGCAGAAGAGUUCUUAGAGAAUAUCCAAGUUACUCAAACUAUUUCUGAUGGGCAUGAAACUAUUGUUAUAUCUAGUAAACCGGUGGUCAGAGAUCAACAAGGCGAUGACCAUUCACUUCUUGUUGAUGCUGAUUAUAAAGAUGAUAACCUACAUAAGAACUCUCAGCUGAAUAUAACACACAGCUUGCCACAAGCAUUUGAAACUGUAAUGGUAGAACCUGACGAAACUACAACCGAGGUAGUUGUAGAUGCAGAUGGCACUAAGAGAAUUAUUGUAAAGAAAAUAAGAAAAACAUUAGUUACCAGACAACAAACUGUACAAAUGCAACCACAUGAUUCUCAAAUAAUGUCUGGUGAAGAAGGGGCUUUGCAAGAACGAUCAUUCCAACAAAUAACAAUAAAAGAAAACAAAGGCUCUUCUUCCACCUUCGGUGACGGUAGAAUACAAAACGUUCAAUAUCAAACAUAUGGAGGUCAAGUUAUAACAGGUCUUCCAGGAAGAGAAAUGUCCAUACAAGAAAUUACCUCGAAACCAGAAAUGGUCAUCAGUAUGGAGAAAGGAAUGAGUCCAGAUCAAAUUCUUCAAGUGGCGGAAGGAGAAGUGCAAUCACAGGUUCAAACUUCAUCAUCUAGUGUAACAGCAGUUGUGGAACAAGUUACUAAAAGAAUCAUCAAAACAAGACGACGAAUCAUUCGUCGUGUAGUCAUUAUUGACGGUAAAGAACACGUCAGCGAAGAGAUUGUGGAGGAACCCGAUACUGUCGAAGUUCUUGAAGAACAAAUACCUAAAGUUUCUAUUAAUGUAAAGGAAAGCAAUAUUCCUUUUGAAAUAGAUGAUUCAUUUGAUAGCAAUAAUCAACCACCACCGUUAUCCCGUGAUUCAAAUGGAAAAGAAAAACCUUUAAAAGAUAAAACACAAGGUGGUAAAUGUACAGAUAAAUCAGUAGAUUUGCCUGAAGAGGUUACGACAACUAAAAGCCAAGAUCUACAAAGCUUAACAGAACAAAAUUACCCUGAAUACAGCGAUACCAACCAAGAAUACAAUCAAAGUAGACUGGAAGUACUAGAAAGAGAAACUGUACCGAGUUCAACAAGUCUUACACCUGAAAAUAUUUGUUUAGAACCACAGCAGCGCGCAUUUGAACAAAUAGAUUUCCAAAAUAAGAAAUCUGCACUGCUAACUGGAGAACAACUCACACAGUCAGAAGCACUGUCAUCUCAUUUUGCUUCGGUCACUCAAACAGUUACAAGGAAAAUCACAAGAACAAGAAAACGUAUAAUAAAACAUAUCGAAAUAAUCGAUGGUAAAGAAAAUAUUACAGAAGAAAUUAUUGAAGAACCAGAUGAUGUAGAAAUAAUUGAAGAAGAACCUAAAAUAACGCGUCAGUGUCUUGAUCAGGGUAUUAAAAUGAAAAAAAUGAAAGUUAUUAGACAAGUUCAAAUGAUUGACGGCAAAGAACGUGUAACUGAACAAAUUAUUGAGGAAAGCGAUGACGCAGAUAAUUUUGAACCACAUAUUACUACAAAAUCUUAUAUUGAAGUAUGUGAUAAAGAUAAACCAUCUGAACUAGAGCAACGUGAAAUAAUGAUGAUGAAAAAUGAACCUGAAGAUUUUAUUGACAUGACAAAACGCCUGAUCAGUAGUGAAACCGAUCACACCAUAGCCACGAAAACCUCACCAGUUAAGUCAAUUUAUCAGAGUGUAAAACCUACGAAGGACGUAAAAGACAAGAAAGAUGAAAAUUUGCCGGAAAUAAAUAUGCCAGCACACAAAAUAGAAAAUAUAAGCAAAGUAAAAGAAACAGAACAAAACUUUGUGACAGUUCACUUGGGUAAUAAAACAGAAGUGCCUCAGUCACUUUAUUUAACUUCAGCAGAAACAGAAAAAAGGGGAAGAGAUAAUGAUCCUACUACAGAUACUACUCAAAACUCAUCCAACACUAAUGAAAAAGAAGAAGAAUUAAAUUUGGAUUAUAAAUCGUUUACAAAGAUUGAGAAAAUUCCGUCAUUACCUUCUACAUUGCACCAACACGAGAUUGAACAAGGAAAUCCAACUCAGGAAUCUUCAACAAAUCUGUCUCGGGAUAUUGAAAAAACUAAACCUGAAACAAUAAGUGCAGCUGCGUACCUUAAAGGUAAUAAUGCAGACAUUAUGACAAAUAAACCCCCAACCAAAAUAAUUAAGACAAGAACUCGAGUCAUUAAACAUAUUCAAAUAAUCGAUGGCAAAGAACAUGUUAAAGAAGAAAUUGUAGAGGAGCCUGAAGAAGUUGAAUUAUUCAUAACUGAUCCUAAAACCUACGUUAUUCAGGAAGAAGGAGUUAAAACUAAACGUUUAAGAAUAAUAAAAAAUAUCGAAAUAAUCGAUGGCAAAGAACAUGUGACUGAAAAAAUAUUAGAAGAUCCUGAUUAUGAAUAUAUGCCUCAUUCUACAAUUACAGCUGAUAUUGAUCUUCAGGUCAGCCAAUCAACGGAGCCACAUUUAGAGUCAAAUAUUAAUAAUACAAAAGAACAAGACCCACAACGGAGAAUAGUAGAGGAUACAUUGACUAUAGAACAACAGAAAGGCAUUUCUACGAUCGACGUCUCUAAAAGUUUUAUUGACCGUGAAAUAGAUCACGCUGAGAUAAUACAAAAACCGUCAUUCUAUAAUAAUGAACAAAUAGAUAGAAAAAAGAUAUUAGUAGCUGAAUUGCAGACAGAUUCAAAUAAAGAAAUUAUAAGCCAAUCCGAAGUGAAUCCCGAAAUUACGAAAGUCGAAUAUUUACAUAUUCCCACUUCUUCGAUUGAGGAAACAACUUCUUCAGAAAUUUCGAAUAAAGAAGAGCAGCAAACACCUGAAAUUCGGUAUACCUCUCCCAUAACAACUUCCCCUAUGUAUUCUUCACAGAAAACUGUUAUAAUGGGUGAAGAUAAUACACCUAAAGAUUAUAAAUCUUUAGUGUUAGUCGAGCCAAAAGAAUCAACAUCUUCAUUUGCUGAAGAGGCAACUCCUAGACAUGAAAAAUUAUCUAUCCAAAACAAAAAUGCAAGUAAGAACGAAUCACAGAAGGCCACCUUAAUAGAUAUCACGAAAACUUUGCUUUCUAGUGAAAUUGACCACACUGCAAUGGUUAAUACAUUUAAGCGCGAAAGGGAAGAAAGUAAGAUAAACCCUGAAAAAGUAUUCAUAUCAGAAGAAACUGCUUUAGAUAAAACUUUAGACAAGCCUACCUUUUUAGAAACCUCUCAAAAUAAAACACAAACAACAAGUGACCUUACGGAAGCAGUUAUUCCUAGUUAUCAUAUAAUUCAAGCAAAACAUGGACCAGGAAGCGAAGAGGAGAUUGUUACAAAUAAAAUCAUCCCCAAAGACCAUAAACCUAGCUCUGAUGUGGAAUCGUCACAAAUAAAAUCCAAACACGAUACGACAUUGGAAGAGAAUACGUUAGAUCACGUAAUAAUGAAAGAAGAUAACACAAGUGUAAAACAACCUUUCAAGCACUUUACAAAAGUCCCAAAAGAAAUGGAAUUAACACAGAUGAAUACUCCAGAAAAUGUAACCUACAGCGAUCUAGGUCAGUUUAAAAGUGAAGUAGCAUUAAAAGAAGCACCAGAAGAAGUUCUACAAACUCCAAAUGCUAAAGGUAGAAAACAAAUUGAUUUGACUUCUAUUGAAAGCAAACCUAAUAUUGUCAAUGAAUCGAUUAGGGAUCUAGAUAAUAUUGAUGUAACGCAUGAUCAAGAUGUGAAGUCAAGUCUAAUAAAAAUUGUCAAACAAGCAGACUCCAUUGAUGGUCAAGAAGUUAUUACAGAACAUAUUAAAAGAAUAGAAGACAUGGACUGUCUCCCUGAAUCUACUAUUACUACUCAAAUAUAUGUUUCGACAAGCAAACCUGAUGCAUUAACCGAGAAUAAACUUAUGAAAGUUACCAAUGAAAGAGUCAAUGCUAAAGCAGAUAAGUCAGUUCUUGACAUCACAAAAGAAUUGAUUAGCAAAGAAACGGGCCACAUGUCGCAGCUUUCAACUUUACAAAAGCAAUGCUUACACCAGACAGAAGAAUUAGAAGUAACGAAAGAAGAUAUGAAAGACGAUGACAAAAUUUACAGUGACAAAAUAGACACUAAAGCCAGACCGUCACCAACAAUCAGUGCUAAUUUAUCAGAUAUAAAUAGUCCAUUAAGUAAAUCUUCUAAAACCAUUAAGCCUGUAAUUACUCCUGACAGUAUACGUAUAGACCAGCCCAAUCAGGAUGAUUUGCCAGUCAUUGAAGAUUUAGUGAUCGACCACAAAUUGAAUUCGUCUACAAAAACAGAAUCAGAAAAACCUUUAGAACAAAAUGAACCUUUCAACAAAGAACAACUAACUGGUCAUAUAAUUUUAGAUAAAACAACACCGCAAUCAUCGGUCAGCGUUCAACCGCUUUACGCAGAAUCGAUCGUGACUGAAUCACACACAGCUGCUCAGCCAACAAUGCGAGAUCUAUCUUAUAUUAAGCAGAAUGAUCCACAAAGUCUAUUAUAUGAUGACGAAAAUCUUUUAAAACAAAUAUUAGUUCCUAAUGAAACUACUUCAAAAUCAGAUCAAACGCCUACAUCCGAUACCAAACAUAAAGUUAUAGCGUUUAUGGAACAAGAACGUAAUAGUGAUUCAAGUAACUUUAAAGUAUUUGAAAAAAGUCAAGAAACACAAACAGCUCAUUCUAAAGCAAUGCUUCCCAAAACAGUUGAUAUUAACAUGUCAAUUGAAAAGACUGAUGCAAGAAGUAAAAUUGUACCAAAUAUACAGCUAAAUCUAAAAGUCGAAGACUAUGAGUCUCAAGAUCCUUGUGUAGCUAAAAAAGAUGUUGACAUCAGUCUUCCAGCAGAAAUAAAAAUUACUAAUGAACCAAGGCAUGAAGGCGAAAUUUGUGCAAAACCUGAAGAAAAAGAAAAGGUUCGAAAUAAAUCUAAAAAGAACAAAAAACAAAAAUGUUCUUCAGAGUGUAGUGACUCCUUUGAAACUGACGUACAAACAAAUACAGACAGAACAAUUAAUGAUACAGAAAGCUCGUCAUUAGGUCAUUAUGUUGAACUUCCUGUGUCGCCUCUUACUGAAUCUCCAAAACCAAGUGAAAAUCUAUUACAACAAACUACUGUGGCAGAAGUGCAAUCUGUAACGUCUUCCUUAGAAUCUGAAUCUACUGCUGAAAAUAAAGGAUACGAGCCCGAAGAUACGACUACAUGUUCUAGUACUGCAUCUGGUAAAAGGAAACGCCACAAAAAACGCAAAGUAAGUGACGAUACGAUAUAUCCUAAGCAGAGUAGUACAGAGGAUGAUACGCUAGCUUCUACGUCAAUUGAAACAGAUGAGGAUAAAAGGAAAAUUAAAGAUACUGAUAAAAAAGAACAGGAAGAUGUCAUUGAAUCUAAUGCGAUAAGUUCAGAUGUUAAACUUACAAUAAAUCCCGUAUUGGGUGAAAUAGUUACUAGUGAAACUAUUUCAACUUCGCCUAAAGAAGAGUCAUGUCACACAAUCAGUGAAUCUUCGGACUUCAGCACUGUAAAAAUAGUGGAAGAGUGUGUCGGUAGCAGCCCAGAAAUGGCACAAACCGAAAUACCUACGAUGGUAACAUAUCCUAUACGCGUAGUAGAAGAAGUCUUAACACAAGAAUACUCUAUGCAAACAUCGCCUGAAAUAAUAAAUGAUUCGGCGAUACCCGAAAUUGAAAGUAAAAUCAAAUCUUUUACAGUAAAAACAACUGAUAGUGGGCUACAAACCUCUCCUACUUUUGUAGAUGACAGUUUUGUACAGACAAUGCCAAAAGAAGAUAAAGAAGCCCAUACUCAAACUGUCGCAGAUAACGUUAUACCAGAUAAGGUAGAAGUGCAAGAUUCGCAGAAUCAGACGAGCGGACUAAACUCACCAGAUAACAUCUUGCAGUCAGAAGCUGUAACCCAAGUUGUUCCACGUGAUAUUAACUAUUUUGAAGAAAAAUUUUCUCAAACAUCUUCACCCAUCACUGAAUUUAGAAAAGAAGCAGAACCAUUAGUAGAAUUAGAAUGUCGUGAAAUACAAACAUCACCAACGCCACAAAUUCGACAAGAUGAAAAAAGCACUGAAAUUACUAUCGACACUGCAGACUCUAAUAUUCAAACUAUUACGCAAGAAAAUAUCGAUAAAGAAACAUCCACUUCUCCUUUGAAAGUUAAAGUUGCUACAGAAAUUAGUGUUCAGACGCCACAUGUUUCUUAUGUUAAUGUAUUUACUCAGUCCGAAGAUCACAUAUCAAGAAUUGAUGCCAAACAAAAAUUAAACGAGGAAAUAUCUCAUACACCUUACGCAUCAGAGCAUGAUUCUGAGAAAGACGAAAAAGUUCUUAUUGAUAAUUCACAACAAACAACUCCAAGAUCAGUAGAAUCAAUUGGACUUCAAAUUGACAACACAGAGCAGACUUCUCCAAGGUUUCCUACGAAAAAAAUUACUGCUUUAUCACAACCACAAAAUACAGAAAUAGAAAGCAUUUCUACUGAUAAAAUUCAGCAAACUUCACCUAGAUCUUGUUCUGAAAACACUACUUUAGGUAUAAAGCGAGAAUUAAAAACUGUAGACAGUAUGCUUCAGACAUCUCCACUUACAUAUUCUGAUGAUUCAAUAUCAACUUCUACAGAUGAUCCAUAUGAAAUUCACCUUAGAGCCCAAAUUUCUAUCCCUCAAGUAACAGAUGAUUUUAUUAACAUUGAACGUCAAAUUCAAGAACCUGCUCAAUCCAUUAUAGGUGAUAAAUCAAAACAAAAGAAAAGGCGUUCCAAAAAGAAAGCAGAAUCGCCUUUGCAAUCACCUGGUAGUCUUUCAGAUCCUAUUAAUGCUGAACUUUCUCUAUCUGUAACCCCAACAAGUGAAGAUAUAUCUAGUAGACAAACGGAUUCAGCAGAUGAAGGAAUAUCUCACAUUUCAAGUCAGACCUUACCAAAUAUGCAUCAGCUAGCUACACAACCUAAACUCACGUAUUCAGAUGUCGUACAAAGAUCCAAAUCUAAAUCUCCUUCACCUAGUAAAAGUGUUCUUCCGUCACGAAAAUCUGAAAAAGCUAGACUUAUUGAUUCUGUUGAAAAACGCACACAAUCUAUCGCUGAACCUCAGAAAAAUAUAGAACAAACAAUGGCCGUAUCAUUAAUCGAGCCAUCAAUGGAAAAAUCCUAUGGGCUUGUAGUUGAUAAAGAAUUAAGUAAACUGAGGCAGUCAGUGGAACUCAAUGAUACCAAUAAGUUAGAAAAAAGCGUUAUUAUUGUGAUUGAGACCAUUUCAAUUUGGUUAGAAGAAAUACAACACAAAAUACAGAUAGAAACUGUUACAGGGACCAAAGUAACUGACAAAUCUGAACGUCUGAAAGACCUGCAAAACUAUAUCCGCAAUCUUAAACAAAUAAUUUAUGUUACUGAAGUAAAUGAAGAAAUAAUAACUUUAAUUGAGACUUUAACGCGGCAAGUAGACGCGGUCAAGAAUUUGAGUAAUGAAAGUUCGGUAAAAUUGAAAGAAAUAGAAAAAGGAUGGAACAAGUUUUUGGAAGAUACUGAAAUUUUAAGCAUAUCAAUUGAAAAAGUGAAAUCGCGCCUCGAUAAAAUAAUUGUAUUAGAGUUAUCAGUGCAACAAAAACUUGAUGAACUCGAUAAAAUCGAAACAGAAAACAUCGACAACACAGAUAUUGUUAGAAAAAUGUUCCGAAGAUUCCGAAGUAUCGUAGAAGCAAAUCCUAAAAGAGAAUGUCCUACAAAAUUAUAUACUUGUGACGAAAACACUAAACAAAUUGAAAACUCUGUCAACACGGAAAGAGACCGUCUUAUGCAAUUGAUGUCAUUAGCCGAGGAAUAUGAACAAACAUUACAAGAUUUUGGUCAAAUAACAGAUGUAGCAGAAGCAUUGUUAGACGGAAAAAUUAUUGUAUCUGAUUUAGACCACCUUCAUGAAGAAAUCCAAAAGCAUAGAAAAUUCUUUGUAAACUUAAGUCAUUGCAGAGCUAUUCUUGAAUCUUUAGAAGAUAAUUUAGAUAGUGAAACUAGAGCUAAAUUUUCAUCGCUUCAUAAUUCCCUCCACGAUAGAGCUACUAAAAUAAUAGACAGAGCUGCAGGACGUGCUCAACAAAUGACUUUAGCGGCUUCUAGAUGGAGUAUUUUAGAUAAUGGCAUGAAAGAAGAACAACAAUGGCUCCGAGUGGCUCAUCAAAGAAUUCCUGACCUUACAAACGUAACAUCUAUGGAUCAUGAGCAGUAUAUCAACCUGUAUCAGUCUAUAAGCUUAGAUGUGUCACACCAUUACGCGAAAAUAUUGCGUCUUCUAUCUAUAGCUGAAAACUUACAACACCUUAUUACUUGCUCUAAACUAGAGUCUGUGUGCUCUACAGCGCUUGAUACUUUGUUGACUCUUCAAGAAAAUAUCGAUUCAAGAUUAACAAGAUUGAGAGCCUUUAAAGAAAAUUGGGUAACAUAUGAACACCUUAUUGACAGGGUAGAAAAUUGGAUGAAGCUGGCAAAUAGAGAAUUGGAAAAUAUAACGCCAGAAAAUAUAACAACUACACCAAACUUACGACGAUUUUGGGAACUAAAAGCUCAGCAUGAAGUACACCACAAUCUCAAAAAUGAAUCUGGAAUUCAGUUUGAAAAAGCGCUAGAAAUAUUACCAAUAUCUGACGAAAUGGUUCAGCGCCAAUUCUUUUUGAAGAUAGAAGAUAAAUGGCGAAACUUGUCAGCAAGGAUUGACGAUUUACACACUACAGCUAUACAGAAUAUCUCAGAUCGUGAUGUGUCUUCCGGUGAAAAACUACACAUUUUAGAAGAAGAAUUAAGAGAAUUGAGAGCCUCUUUAGACGGCCUUAAAGGUGUUAUUAAGAGCGAAGAUGAACUUAAUUUGUACAUAGAAAGAUUACAAGUAAUGACUGGUCGCAUAGAUAGAAUACAAAAUGAACUCGGAAGAUUAAGCUUAUUGCCUACGGCAGAAUCGGACCGCUUAGGUGCACUUUUAAGUCAGUCAGGAAUAUUAAAUGACCAAAUAGCGGAAGAACUAGAGAGAAGUUUAAUUUUGAAGGAGAAAAUUAUGCAAGUGCAAGCUGGUAUCGUUCGAUGUCAGAAGAAUCAGCGCCGUGCUCGAUUAACCUUAGAGGAAUGCGAGUCAGCCGAACGACUUGGGAGUGACGUUGUAGAACGGGCAUCUGAGACCUGUCAAAGAUUGUUGGAAGACCUGGCAAGCCAAUGGCAGGAUAUUUUAACCCUACGACAAGCGCUUCAUACUCUUCCGAUAAGCCUUCGAGUGUGUGUAUCACCUACAGGUGUGGAGAGGGAUAUCUCAGCUUUACAAGAAACUCACGCCGAAAUCGAAGCUGCUUGCAGCGAUCUAUGCGCUCGACUCCGUGCUAAGCUUCAGCUUUGGAGAAGAUAUGAAAGACAGCUAGAACUAGUCCAAGGUGCUGUCAGAGAAGCCGAUUACAUGGUAGAGCUACUAACCGUACAAGGCCAAGUUGACUACGAUCGUCUGCUGAAGGCUACGGAGAAGCUUGAGACGCUGAGCGAGUCCCUUUCGAGAAGGAGUGGAGAGCUUGUGGGCGAGCUUAGGGACGCUGCGGUACCCCUGGAAGCCACCACGGAGCCCGGCGUCGCGGCGCAGUUGCGCAGGGAACUUGACGACGCCGCCGCCGCGUACGAACACACGUGUACCAACUUAUCACAAAUGUGCGACAAGUACCAGCGGGCGGUGGAGCUGUGGCGGCGCUACCGCGAGGCGGCGAGCGCGGUGCGCGGCUUCGCAGAGGCGCAGGAGGCCCAUCUGCACGCGCUGCGCCCCGCCGACGCGCCCGCACACGCACAUGCAUGUCUAGAGCAAGAAGCAAGAGUAGCCGAGCUACGUUCCCUCGCGGCUCAGGUGGCAGCAGAGACAGGGUCCCGGGCGCUGCAAGCGGAUGCAGACGCCCUGGCCAGGAGGCUACAGUUGGUGGCUGGCGCUGUUCAGGCCCUGGCUGACCUGGGCGAAGCACGACAGCUUGCUAGAGCUAAAGCCCAAAACGCAAAAGAUAAACUUUGCGAUAUGAGACAGGAUUUGGCUCCAGUAGAAGAAGAUGGUGAGAAAGUAGAACAUAAAUUGAUUACCCUUCGAGAUAAUUUGAUUGCACUUGGAAAGAGCGAAGCUGACAUAGCUCCCGCUAAAGCCCAACUGCCUGAUAUCGACAGAGACGUUUCUGAGGAGCAUUCUAUCGUUAGAAUACUAGAAUUAUGGCAGGCCAUGUUCAGAGAUACGUUCUUACACUACCACCGUUUGUCUACUGCUCUAAUCCGGUCGGGAGAUGCAGCCACGGCUUUGAAAUUGUGGCAUGAAUACUUGCUAGAUCUUCAAUCUUUCCUCUCUGGUUCCUUACCAGCAGAUUAUGAGAACUUGACAGAACAUCGCAGACUGUGUCGUGUUCAUAGAAAUUUAUUAGCCUCACAAAGAUCUGUCCUUAUGAGCGAGAACAAGGAAACAAAUAAUAGAGACUUAGCAGACAAAUUUGACAUACUAACAAAUCUCCAUAAUGAAACCCUUGCGAGGAUCGUGGAAAGACACGAUGAAGUAUGUACUAGGAUUGCCGCCUGGGACGACUACAGAGAAAUUUACACUGAGCUCCUACGUUGGUUGAAAGAAAUGGAAAGAGAGAAGGAAAAGUUGCAACUUAGAUACGUUCACAUAAAGAGAAUACAAAAAAUACUAUCAAAGAUACAGAAUCUCUAUGACAAGUUGCCAGAAGGCCGUAAGUUUGCGGAUAAAUUGUCAGUAUACCUGAAGAGAGUGUUAGCCUUCACAGAGGAAACGUAUGGAGCGUCGGUGAGGAUGGAAUACGCUGGAAUAGUAAAGAGAGUUGACAACUUGCAGGCUAGUCUUGACACAUGGCGUGACUUCUUGACUCGAAUACUGGGACUCAUCGGUGAAUACGAAAAUUUGACUGGUAAUUUACAUAAACUUUACUCAAGAACGCAGGAUGAAGUCAUGUCAUACUCUGACGAGGAUCGAUUGUCACGACCGCAAAUCAAAAAAGCAAUUGAAAGGUACUCUGAGUUGAGAAAGAAAAUUGAUAAGACUGAAAAUCAAAUAGAAGCUCUCAGUGUGAUUCAAGAACAACUAAAAGAGUGCCUGAGUCCUCAGGAUAUAAGAAUCGUUAACCAAAAAGUCUGGCAGAUGCGACAACAACGAGCAGACUUAGAGCAUCAGUUAUCUAUUUUAAUACACAGACUUCAGGAGAGGCUAGAAAUCUACACGAUAUUUGAUUCAAGGCUAUCAAGGUUCUCAGAAUGGAUGACAACACUCGAAUCCCGACUUGAAAGUUCCAGCUCAAGUAGUGAAGUGAGCGCUUUAGACCCUCAAGACCUUAUUAGAAGAAUAAAUUCGGAUAUUCAAGCAGAGACCGCUAUUAAAGAACGCGAAUAUGAGUGGCUGGCUCAGACAGGCAGCUCUCUAAUCGAUAUAUCUAAGAAAGAUGAGAAAUCCUACAGCAAAAACAUCUCUAAACAACUGAAGGAUGUACAGGAACGUUGGCAGAAGCUACAAGAGACGGGCCGAAGUAGAAUCGCUAAGAUAAACGAACUUCUUGAAACCAUUUCACAACUAGAGGAGCGUUUGACGGAAAUAAGACUAAAACUACACUCUAUAGAAUCUAAACUCUCAGCGUCAGUCGUCAUAGAAUAUUUGUCGACAAAAGUUGUUGAUGAGAAAUUCCAAGAUCGUGACGAAAUACACAAGAACAUUGAGGAUGAAAGCAGCGAGGUCGGUGAAACUCUGAAUCUCUGUGAACUUGUUUUCAAUGAUCCUGAUGUUCUCAAAGGAAACUUCGAUUUACGAAAUCUGCGUACCGGCGUUGAUAUAGUCGACAAGAAGUGGAAAAACAUUUGCGAGAUGUCCGAACAGCGCAAAAAUGCUCUGAAGGAAAUCCGCAAAUCUGCUGAACUAGCAAACUCUCUUCUACCAAAAGUAGAGAAGAAACUGGAUUCGAUUGAGAAAAGAGUAGAGAAAGUUGAAAUACGAAAGCAACGUGGUGAAUCUGAGGACGAUAGUGUUUCAAAGGCUGUUAUAAAAGAUUUAGACGCACUAGAGGAAGACGUAAAGCGCUUAGAAGAUGCAUAUAGCCGUAUAGCAUCUGCUCGUGGUAUAGAGAUGCGGGGAGAAGGGGCAGAUCAUACUAGCCGUUUGAGAGUGGCUGUUCGCCGCUGGCAGCAACUAAGGGUGCGUGUAAACGCGGUCGGCACUGACUUACAACGUCAGUUUGUGGCAGCACACGGAAAAGCGGUAGUCGCAUUGGCUGAGGCCGAUGUACGUCUCACUAGAGCCUUACAUCUAGCUCCAACUCCGUUAGACCAGGAGGCUACCCUUAAGGAAUUGGAUGGCGUUGAGCAAGAAGUCCGCGAAUGCGAGGCCUUGGUGAAAGAGGCUGAUAGACUGGAGGCUGCAUUAGGAGGAGAGGGGGGAACGGACGCACUUGCCAGCGAGUAUCGUACGUUGCUCGCUGACGUCACCACGCGGCUACAACUUGCUCGUCAAUCAAUAAUCGCCGACGUCGACUCUGCCGUCCAGGUUGAUACACUUAAAUGGGAAAUGGACGCGGCCCUUCAAGUGGACACGUUGACUUCCAAAGAGACAUAUCGCGUUGAACUAGCUGCCGCUGUAAAAGAAACAUCAGAAUCACUAGAAGCACUCCGAACGGCUUUGAUGCACGAACUCAAAGAAAAUGCCAGUGGUGAUGAACUGGCUACUGCCGCUAAAGAAAUAGCUAAAGCCGGCGCUAAACCCGGACAAACUCUGGAGUUGGCCAAACAUUUGUCCGAAUUACUCCUGACGGAAUGUGACGCGACAGAGGAAGAGGCAAUGCUUAAAGAAGUUGAGUCACUUUCGAUGAGAUAUGAAGAACUCCUGACCCAAGCGAAAAAACGGGAAUUGCAGAUUAACAACUUGAGGUUGCCCCACUCUGCGUCAUACGCUCUCACGUGCGAACAUGAAUCCGGUCGGUUAACGUGUCCUUUAUGCUCGGACCGUAACUGGAAGCAGCUGGACAAUGAUUUAUGGCGCCUGGAGCAAUGGUUGCAAUUCGCUGAAGCUGCUGACGAAGCCAGAACUGGUCCUCCAGAACAGUACGACGCUUUAGAAGAUGCCAUACAGGACCACCGCGAGUUCCUGCUGGACCUGGACUCGCACAAGGCGCUGGUGGUGUCGCUGAACGUGGUGGGCGCGCAUGUGGCGCGGCACGCGCGCUCUGCGGCGGCCGGGGAGCGCGCGAGUGCGCGCCUCGCCGCCGCCAACGCGCGCUGGGAUGCUGCGUGCGCACGCGCCGCCGACUGGCAGAAGAAGCUGCAGCACGCGCUCAUGCACAACCAGCAGUUCCACGACAUCGUGGUGGAGCUGGUGGGCCAACUGGCUGCCGCCGAGCGCACGGUGCGCGCGCGCGAGCCGCUGCGGCUGCGGCGCGCGGCGGACGAGCUGCGGCGCGACUUCCGGCGCUUCAGCGAGCUGCGCGACGAACUGGCGCGUGCCGAGCCGCGCGUGCAGGCGCUGCGUGACGCGGCCGCGCUGCUGCAGGCCCGGGACUCGCAGGACGUGUGCCGCAGGUGGGCCAGCACUUGUGUAGCGUUAGCGGUGGAGCUGCGGCGCGACUUCCGGCGCUUCAGCGAGCUGCGCGACGAGCUGGCGCGCGCCGAGCCGCGCGUGCAGGCGCUGCGUGACGCGGCCGCGCUGCUGCAGGCCCGGGACUCGCAGGACGUGUGCCGCAGGUGGGCCAGCACUUGUGUAGCGUUAGCGGUGGAGCUGCGGCGCGACUUCCGGCGCUUCAGCGAGCUGCGCGACGAGCUGGCGCACGCCGAGCCGCGCGUGCAGGCGAUGCGUGACGCGGCCGCGCUGCUGCAGGCCCGGGACUCGCAGGACGUGUGCCGCAGGUGGGCCAGCACUUGUGUAGCGUUAGCGGUGGAGCUGCGGCGCGACUUCCGGCGCUUCAGCGAGCUGCGCGACGAGCUGGCGCGCGCCGAGCCGCGCGUGCAGGCGCUGCGUGACGCGGCCGCGCUGCUGCAGGCCCGGGACUCGCAGGACGUGUGCCGCAGGCUGGGCGAGCUGCGGCUGCGCCUGCAGUCGCUGCGCAAGCUGGCGGGCGUGUACGCGCUCAAGCUGGGCGCCGCACUCGCGCACCACCCCUCCGCUGGCGUCGCCGCCGUGGCCGCCGCUGCCGCCGCCCCACAGCUUUUGGAGGAGGAAGAAGAACAGAUGUCAUCCCUGAACCUGCCGCCUCUCGACGAAUCAGACGUGGCAUUGAGUGAGGAGCACGAGGAGCAGUCGCUGGGGCGCGUGCAGCGCGGGCUGCGCUUCGUGUGCCGCGUGGCGCGCGCGUCGCUGCCGUUCCAGGCGCUGCUGCUGCUGCUGCUGGGCGCCGCUGCGCUUGUGCCGCACGCGCACUCCGACUGCCGCCCGCCCGGCCUCGGCCUCGAGCCUGUGCUGCGCUACCCCGACGGGCCGCCCCCCUUAUAG